AUGUACCGAACCGAAGAUGCCGUGGCAUCCUUUGGCAAGGAGGCGUUGGUAUGUGUGGCCCUACUGCAGCUCUUGUGUCUGCUGAAGUUCUGCCAGCAAGCGUGGCUGAACCGGCGCUGCAUCCUCUCCAAGGUUCAAGACCUCGGCUUCGCACUGGGCAACUGCAACGGGCAGAGCGCCAAUGAGAAGUAUGUACAGAGGGAGGUGUCCAAGCUUCAACUGGAUUUUGCGAAGACUUUCCUCCCUAUCGCCGCGGCCUUCCUAUGUCUUGCCUUUCUCCCAUUCCAGCUGAGGCUUCUGAGGGAUUUCAGGGAGGACAUGAACUUCCUGGGCACUCCACUCGCUCUCUGGGCGCAAAUCGCCUUUGCUGGAUGUCUGGUGGCAGCUUUUUGCCUGCCCUGCAUGGUGUCGGUCCGCACCCUCAACCUUUGGCACGUCUUAUGUCAUGCUUACCUUGCGAUAGUGAUCAGCCCCAGCGCGUGCAGCCCCAACAUUGCAAUGACCGUGCGGAUCUUCGGGCUCCUGGUGAUCCAGUUGCCCUCUUUCCUCUACGUCCAGAGCUGUGUUGUAGCCGUCCUGUGCUACCUGAGCAUCGUGGCCGUGAUCUUCCUGCGAAGCCUCACCGCCACCCCUGAGGAGGAAGGGGGCUCCAUGAUCCGGAGCCCGGGGUCUUUGUUGAGCGCGGAGCUGAUGAUGAUGCUGUGCACCGUCACGCUGUGUAGCUACGUGCACAAGAUGUUCCGCCAGAAGGUGGAGGCGCGGCUCCGGGAGGACCACGUGACCUCGCAGCUGGACGCCGCCACGGCGCUGCUGCACCUCACCUGCGACGCGGUGGCGGAGCUGGACUCCGAGCUGAGGCUGAAGGAGCACUGCCCGAAGCUCGCGGCGGUGCUGCUGAGGGACAAGGCCUGCAUGAGAGGGGUCCGUUUCACAGACCUAGUUUCGAGGGGCGAAUCUUUGCGCGCGGAAGAGAACCUCACGGCCGCCGCCAACGGCGUGGGUCGCUUCCGCACCGCUGCCAACGUCUUUCACACCCACCUGGUGGACAGUUGCAAGCUCAAGCUUCGAACAGAGGUGUUCCAGGUGAAGUUCGAGACACCCGACGGCGAAAAGCGGCACCUGGUCGGCCUCAGGGAUUUCACGGACUCGCAGUCCCUAUCAGGGAGCAAGGCUGUGGACGCCAUCCUUCCGGACGCACGGAAAGAUAAGUUUUCCUUCGAGGCAGUUCUGGAGGGCAUCCGCAAAAACAACUCCGGAAGCAUGAAACGGGAAGCCUCAGAAGGCGCCCCCUCAGAAGGCGCCCAGAGCCGGGCGAGCCGGGCUUCCACGGAGCAGUGCUAUGCGAUGCUGGAGGAUACCCCAUGCGGCCGCGACUGCCCUGAGAAGGAGGUGGCGGACGGAGUCUUCGAGCGUGUGGUCCAGCGCAAGGAGAAGAACAUCUUGCUGGUUUUGGACCUUGUGGCGAUGCGGAUUUCGGCCGCCUCGGCGCCCAUGACGGCCCUGCUUGGGCUACACGCCUCAGAAGUCUUCCUGUCUGAAUAUUCCAUGGAGCUCUUUGAGCGUCUUUCCUCGGAGUGUCGCCAGCGCCCCUUCUUGCCCCACAUGGUCGUGAGCUUCGAUCGGAUGCCCAUAUUUUGCUCCAGCGCCAUGGAAAUCACCGGAAGUAUGCAGCUGGCUCAAGGCAGGGAGAACUUGCAAUUGAUUCUAACCUUCAGGCCGGCGCAGCUGAAGCUUUAG